UUUUGGUAAAGGAAACGAUGAGAAACAUGAGCUUUUGUAAGCCCUGGUUUUUUAAAUCGCACAGAUUUUCAGAUGAUGAAUGCAUUAUUCCAAGAGAGCCAACUCUUCAAGGCAUCCCCGUUUUCUCUUACAAGGAGCUAAAAACUGCUACCAGUGGCUUCAAGGCUUCAAAUAAAGUUGGAGAAGGCAGCUUUGGCUCUGUCUACAAGGGACGCCUUCAAGAUGGAUCAAUCGUGGCAGUUAAAGUACUUGAACUCGAAUCAUUGCAAGGAGAAAAAGAAUUCAUAUCCGAAAUCUCUAUGUUAUCAAACAUUACACAUGAAAAUCUCAUCACCCUUAAAGGAUGCUGCAUAACUUCUACCAAAAGAUUUUUGAUCUAUGACUACAUGGAAAACAAUAGCAUGGAACUGGCCUUCCUAGGAGGAUCUGAAAGCAGAAGAAAGUUUAGUUGGAAAAUGAGGACGAACAUUUUACUCGGAAUAGCGCGAGGGCUAGCCUUUCUCCACGAGGAGGUCGACCCUCAUAUUGUGCACCGUGACAUCAAACCUGCUAACAUACUUUUGGAUAAGAAUUUUGUACCAAAGAUUGCAGAUUUUGGUUUGGCAAAGCUAUUUUUGGACAGUGUUUCUCAUGUGAGCACGCGUGUGACGGGCACAUUGGGAUAUCUUGCUCCAGAAUACGCAAUUUCUGGUCAUUUGACGAGGAAAUCAGAUGUAUAUAGUUUUGGGAUACUGCUAUUGCUUAUUGUUAGUGGACACAAAGCCGUGGACUACAACUUAGAGCAAAAAGAUGCAUACCUAGUUACCAAGGUAUGGAAGGCUUACAAAUCUAACAACCUUCAGCAGCUGGUGGAUCCCUCACUCGACGGAGAUUACCCCGAAGAAGAACCUAUCGAAGUGCUUAAAGUGGGCUUGCUUUGUGUGCAAGAGAUAUCCGGUCUUCGGCCUCAAAUGUCAGAAGUUGUGAAGAUGCUAGGAGAUGGUAAAAGUAGGGAAGAUGUAUCAAUAUCCAAACCUGGUCAUCUUCUUGAUCUCAUGUACUAUAAUAUAGGGGAUGAUCAUUCCCAAGAUAAUACUGCAAUUAGCAAAAUCUCUACCUCUUUCAGCUGUUAGCAACAGCACCACGAUUGAGAUUUGUGAUAUAAACUCUAAUUGGUGUGAAUUUUAUUAUUUAUUUUUGUCACAAAUACCUUUUAAUUUUCAAAUUUUGCAAACAAUUAUCUUGUAAUUUUAAUAUUGUAAACAAAUGAAACUAACUUUUCCUUUGUUUUUAUUUUGAUAACACUAUUUGUUCAGGGUCCUGUCAAAAAUAACGUGUAAACAACCCAUAUCCAACAAUUUCAAUAAUUCACCUCAAAUUAAGAACCCUAGGUCAGUUCCCGCCAAAAAAAAAAAAAAA